UCUCCUGCAACACAUCCUUCUCAAACCAACCCUAAUGGAACAAAUCCUCCUCAAACCAAACCUGAAACAUAUCCUCCUCAAACCAAUCCUCCUGCAACAUAUACUCCUCAAACUAAUCCUACUGCAACAAAUCCUCCUCAAACCAAACCUACUGCAACAAAUCCUCAAACAAACCCUAAUGCAACACAUCCACCUCAAACCAACCCUACUGCAACAAAUCCUCCUCAAACCAAACCUACUGCAACAAAUCCUCCUCAAACCAGUCCUACUCAAAUCCUCCUCAUGCCAGUCCUACUGCAGCAAAUCCUCCUUAAACUAGUCCUACUGCAACAAAUCUUCCUUAAACUAGUCCUACUGCAACAAAUCCUCCUCAAACCAAUUCUCUUGCAACAAAUCCUCCUCAAACCAACCCUACUGCAACAAAUCCUCCUGAAACCAAUCCCACUGCAACAAAGCCUCCUUGAACGAGUCCUGCUACAACCAAUCCUCCUCAAACCACUGUCUGCAACAAAUCCGCCUGAAACCAAUCUUACUGCAACAUAUCCUCCUCAAACCAAUCCUACUGCAACAUAUCCUCAUCAAACUAAUCCUACUGCAACACAUCCUCCUCAAACCAACCCUAAUGCAACAAAUACUCCUCAAACUAAUCCUACUGCAACAAAUGCUCCUCAAACCAACCCUAAUGCAACAAAUACUCCUCAAACUAAUCCUACUGCAAUAAAUCCUCCUCAAACCAACCCAACUGCAACAAAUCCUCCUUAAAUGAGCCCUACUGCAAGAAAUCGUCCUCAAACCAAUCCUCCUGUAACCACCCCUCCUUAAACCAAUCCUCCUGCAUCAAAGCCCUCGAAAACCAGUCCUACUGCA